CCCCCCCCCCUGACGGAGGUCCUGCUCUGGCUCACCAUGGUGCCGACCGUCCGGCUGCUGGUGUCGCUGUCUCUGCUGGCCAGACUGCCCUGCGGAGCGGGACAACUCCCUGAGGAACCAUUACCUGGUGAAGAGGCAAACUUCUGCCCGUGGCACGGCGAAUGGUACCCGCCCGACCCGUCGGUCCCGAUAUACACGUCGACCGCCAAGUGCAUGGUCGUCCACUGCCUGCUGCAGCGGGGCGUCGCCAGGGUCAACCUCACCUUUGUCGGAGGAGAGAGCGCCGUCAACUGUUGCGAACAUAACGGUGAGCUAUACACCCAAGGCGAAAUUGAAUACCACGGCAACUGCAAAAACCUCAUAUGCACCGAAGCUGGUUGGGAGCCAUACUCCACCUUGGCUCCUCUCGACGAAGUGCCCUGUCCGCCGGGCAGCGUGUCCGUGUGGUCGGGCAGGCGGCGCCGCUGCGUCACCGUGCUCCCCACCACAGCCAGCUUCAGCGCGGCGCGCGCGCAGUGCCGCCAGCUGGGCGGCCGGCUGGCGGCGCCGUUCGGCGGGGGCGGCCGGCGCGACACUGAGCUGCGGACCGCCCUGGAACCCGUCAACGGGUGGCUGGAGGCGCGCGGCGGUGACGCCCCGCUGAGAUGGCCGAACCGCCUCCAUCCCGAGCGGCUCUGGUAUGACGACAACCGCGUCCUGCCCGCCGACGCGGUCGGCUGUCUGGGCUACCGGUUCACCAACAGCACCGGCGGCUGGUUCGAGUACUCGUGCUCGGAGGAGCUGCAGCCCAUCUGCGCGGCCAUACCGCCUCAGAGCUGCCUGGUGAGCAUGUGCCUGGUGGGCGAGUCGCUCCGGGAGCACGGCAGCACGCUCUCGCAGCCGGCGCCGUGCCUCACCGUCCGCUGCUGGCACGGCCACCGCCAGCUCGAGCAGGACCCCACGUGCUGCGCACUGGCGAUCCAGACCGAAGGCAAUCCCGAGAUGCGUCUCCUACCGCCCGGAAACCACGUUGUGGGUCAACAGAUAUGCACCUGCCAGAGCGCGGAGUUGAGCUGCGUCGAGCAACUGUCCGAUUGUACACAGUAAACAAAUCUUACAAGCCCCUUGCAAGAAAAUCGCCGGCGCAAAAAUGAGCAUAACUCGAUUGUAUUUGGAUAUAGCUACUUUUAUAUGGUGUGAUCAAGGGAUUAUUCCCGAAACACAUGUGUAACCAAUUUUAAUAUAAAAAAAAACAACACGCUCCCAUUGCCUUUCCCAUUUAUAUCAAGUCAUGAACGGUCACCAUCAGUUUUUUUUGGCUAUAAUUUUUGUUAGAGACGUGCUAGAGCUGUGAAAACACGUCCGAUGUGUUCAGCUCGACGAUACGGAUCGACCGAUAUGCAACAUGACCCUUUUACAGUGUACGUACGUCACUCUUUUUCCCGUGAUCAGCGUGGUACCUCGCAAAGCAGCAGUGAUCGCAGACUUGGUGCAGCAAACCGGAAAUGGGGUUGGGGUGGGUUAAGGGGGUUAAAAAUGAGUAAGAUGCGGUCAUGGUUUUGUAUUUUAAUUCAUUUCGUGAAUAUAAACGUCUUUUUUGUUUGAAAGUCGACUAUUAAUUUUGGUGGUCGUUUUGAAAAUAAAUGGUGAACAAAUUGAACAAUCAUUUUCUUUGCAGCAGCUUUUAAGCGUGCCUAUUUGUCAGACAGUCGACUUUGUCAGUGCGUAAUUAAUUUGCCCAAUCCGAAAUUCCAACUGACAUUUUAGUCAGGUGCGUCGUUGGAAUGAGCUCGAAUAAGGUUGACA